CCAAUCUUUUCUGGGUUUUCUCUGUUUCCAUGGCGCCGAUUGUCAGUAGAAUUUGCUAGAGAAUCAAGAUUGCUAAAACUAAGAUCAGCUCCAAAUGUCAAAGGCUUCGUCUUCGCCGUCGCAAUCUGGCAGAGAAAGAGAAGCCACCAGUCUUUCUCACACUUUUAAGUAUUUAUUGGCUACGCAGGUCUUGUCAAGGGGAAUUCCAUUUGUAUUCAACUCAUGGAUAGUGAGGCACCUUACUCAAGAGGAUUAUGCGCUUUAUGCGGUGCAAUUUCAUCUUUUUGUCACCUGUGUCUUGUUUCUCAGUCGGGAGGGAUUCCGGCGAGCAUGCUUGCGUGCAGACAUAAAAUGUGAAGGCAUUUCAAUGGAAGAAAACGUAGCAAAGCUAAUGAAAGUAGCAUGGUUAACUUUACCACUAGGAUUGCUACUUACAAUUGCAGGAUGUUUUUUUGUCUUUUGGUGGCAAGACUUAUGUUAUUCUAAUCCAUAUGGGCAAGCUAUCUUGAUUAACGGAUGUGCAUGCAUUUUGGAGCUAUUGGCAGAACCUUUAUAUAUCCUUUCUCAGAAUUUGCUUCUACUUAGACUGCGGCUAGUGGUUGAAACAGUAGCUACUCUACUGCGUUGUGUGACUAUGUAUAUUUUCAUCAUCAAGCAGAUGAAUAUGGACAAGGGGAUUAUAUUUGCGUUGUCGCAGACCACUUAUGGAGCGUGCUUGUUCUUAGGCUAUUGGGGCUACUUUCUUCUUUUACGCCCAUUUGGAAGUUCUACCCUUUUCCCUUUGAGACUAGUAAGUAAGAAGGAUUUUGAUGGGCAGUUGUCAAAUAUGUGUUUUUUAUUUACUCUUCAAUCAUUUCGAAAGUUGAUCCUUCAAGAAGGAGAAAAGAUGGUUCUAGUAUGGUUUGAUACACCUUACAACCAAGCCGUAUAUGGACUAGUAGAAAAAUUAGGGAGCUUAGUGGUGAGGAUGGUGUUUCUUCCUUUUGAAGAAAGUUCCUUUGCUGCAUUUGCAAGGUGUGCGUCAGAAAACCACCUAGAUAAGAAGAGGAAGUUAGGAACUUGUCUUACUGAGGCCCUGAAGCUGGUUUUGUUAAUAGGUCUUGUAUUUAUGGCAUUUGGCCCCGGUUAUUCUUAUUCUCUCAUCAGAUUGUUGUACGGUCAGAAAUGGAGUGAUGGAGAGGCAUCUAAAGCCCUUCAGUAUUAUUGCCUAUAUAUCAUUGUUUUGGCUAUGAACGGGACUUCUGAAGCAUUUCUUCAUGCAGUUGCAGAUGAGAACCAAAUCAAACGCUCAAAUGAUUCACUAUUUGUAUUCUCGCUUAUAUAUUUAGUAAUGAACAUCACGCUAAUACGGUCAGCUGGUGCAGUUGGCUUGAUUGUGGCAAAUUCAUUAAAUAUGAUUCUGAGGAUUUUGUACUCCGGUCUAUUCAUUAAGCGAUUUUUCCGGGAUUCUCGAGCAUUUUCUUUCUACAAAUGUAUGCCAUCCGGAUGGACUGUUCUAUUGUUUUCUGGCAUAACUACUUCCAUAUCCGAGAGAAUAUUUCUGGACAGGCAAAACUUCUGGCCGACUUUUGCUGUUCACUUUUCAGUUGGGUUAGCUUGCUUCUGCAUGUCGGCAUUUGUCAUAUAUCGCCAUGAGAGACCUUUCAUCAACAAAAUUAUCCGCUUCCGCGACCACUCUGACUGAUCUAUACUCUGCCUCCAGUUAUCAAUCAAGCUACUGAAAACCAACAGAUGGAGAAAGAAGGGAACGAUUCGCACAAGAAAAAGUCAAUAAUCAGGAUAUUUUCUUCCAUAACUUUAUAUAUUUGUUUUACAUGUGAAAAUGAGGGAAUUAUAGAGACCAGUGAUGGUACAAGAUUAGAAUAUUAGAAAUUUGAGUUGUAUAAA